UUUGGCGGGAAUCAUUGACAAACUGCCGUAGAUCCUUCGGCUGAAAAGUACAGUAGUUUUUGGAGUAAAUUUCUGCUAAAAAAGUAUAUCGGAGAACAAAAGUGAGUGCAAAAGUGAAAAAAGUCGCGGAGUAAAGUGUUUAAAGUGUUUGUGAAUGUGAGAGAAGUGAUCCUUGCGCACUGAGCAAGGAGCGAGGAUACACGAGUGGUGGCGGCGACGGUAACAGAGAGUGGGUGAUGUAAACCUGGUGAACGCGACGGAUAGAGAAGGUUGCGGGGUAGUGGACCAUCGAGCGAUGAUGGUUUGAAAGAGAGAGAGAGGGAGCGAAGCGAAAGGGGUAGGGGAAGAGUCUGACCUGCUGGUAGUCUGGUUGAUCCAGAACCAGCAGUGUGCGUUGUGACGUGAGACAAUGGCGGUACCCUUAAUUGUGUUAUGGUGUAUUGUUGUGAUCAGCUGAUCGGCCUUCGGCAAGCAUUGCUGUCAAAAGGGACGUCGUUAUCCCGACCCAACAUCCUUAUAAAACAUCAAGUGGACGGAUGAACCCGCCGAUGUUGUCGUUGACCUGAUUGACACCCCGAGCCCCUGUCCACCCCCAUUGUGCACUUUCCCAUCAUUUUAUUCCAGUUUUAAAGCUCUUAUCCUUUGUCCUCACAAUUAUCAGAUCGUUUCUUUUUUUUCAUUUUUUUUUUGGAGUUUUUUUUGCGAGUGAUUUAAAUAUUUUUAGUGGUUGUGUGUGCGCGCGAGAUUCGCAAGAAAUAGAUUCAUAAAUGUGUCUGGACCAUGCCCGCGCGGAAAUACUACAGACGAGAUGUCAGCGAAGUUAGUUGCUUCCUCAAAUACAUGAUCUUUGGAUUUAAUGUUUUAUUUUGGUUGCUGGGUCUGGGCAUCAUGGCGGUGGGCGUUUGGGCAUGGACAGAGAAAGAUACAUUUAAUAACUUGUCUCGCCUAACAAACAUCGCUCUUGAUCCAGCAUUCAUCUUUAUUCUAGUCGGUACAGUGACAUUUGUCAUUGGAUUUACGGGGUGUGUAGGUGCACUCAGGGAAAAUACGUGCCUCCUAGCUGCUUAUGCAAAUUUUCUUGCACUGCUGUUAUUAUUGGAGAUGACAGCGGGUUUCUUGGGGUUCAUCUUUAAAGACUGGAUAAAGUCACAAGCGACGGGGGGCUUUCAAGCGUUCAUUAUUCAUUAUCGAGAAGAUCCUGAUCAACAAAAUCUUAUUGACUGGAUUCAAGAAGAUUGGCUUCAGUGUUGCGGUAUCGAGGGUCCAAAGGACUGGGAUCGCAACAACUAUUUCAAUUGUUCUUCGAGCGAAAUUGGCUCCAGGGAAGCCUGCGGCGUGCCUUUUAGCUGUUGCAAGCGAAAACCUAAUGAAAUUAUAAAAAAUAAGCAGUGUGGGUACGACGUAAGGAAACCCGGUUAUAACUUUGAUGUCGGCAAAGUAAUAUAUGAAAAAGGGUGCGUUCAAGCAGGCGAGGAGUGGAUGGAGAGAAACCUUCUUGCCAUAGCCACUGGUGUUGUUGGAAUGGCGUUUGUUCAGAUCGUUGGUAUUUGUUUCGCUCAAAAUCUGCGGGCGGAUAUAUUCGUACAAAAAGCAAAGUGGCAUUGACAUUCGAGGGCCCCCACGGCAGUUUAGCAUCUUGUACUGAUCAAGAAUGCUGACCUACCACGUUUGUGAAGACCGUAACAGCCAAGAUAAUAUCGAAAUCGUUUCUCCCUUACAUUAGCAUCGCAUUUGUUUAUAGAAUAUAAGUCAUCAUGAAAGAUAAGAAAAAUUUUAAUUCAACUUCAAAAGUUCAAAAGAGCUGCCUUAUAUUUAUACAUUAUAACUGUCCACGUUUGUCUCGUCUGUAACAUUUUUUUUUUCAUCCUAAAACGAAAAAUUUCCCAUAAAAAAUUAAUUUUCAAAUACAAUUUUAAAGCGGAGAAAAUUCUUCUUCUUUGUGAAGAAAAAAUUCGCUUCUUGUUCCAAAGGAGAAGAAUUCUGAUAAUUAAAUUUUUUUCGCAAAGAAAUUUCUGAAAGAAAAAAAUUUCCGUAUAUUAGUUGUUCUUUUUUUUUUUAAAGUCGAAUAGAAAAAUUGAAGAAACAAUAAUUUUAAAUUAGGAAAAUUUUUUGUUUUUUCAAAUAUUGUUUCUUGUGAUACAAAUUCUCUUCUGAAAUACUAUAAAUAAUUUUUUUUCAGUGUGAGAAAAAGUAAAAGCAAUGUUGACAGGAAAAAUGUUAAUGUAAUGUAGUCUCUUAUUAUUUCACGUCGGAGUUUUUUUUUCUAUAUUUACCGUUAGAUGUGUGUUGACCUUUUUCGAUCCCAUGUUGUAUAUCAUAUAAUGUGAAGAUUGGCGAAGAUUGCACUCAAGUGACGUGAUGUAAAUGGAUGUGAAUUGUUGUAAUACAAGUUCUCGGCUGGGCAAAUCUUUUGUACCUUACUCACGUAUACACAUUGUUGUAAAUAGCGUAAAUUCACGAGUCACAAUAAAUCGCAACGGAAGUUAUGGCCAGUGGCCUGCAUUGCAUAUAUAUGUAUAUACUUUCCGUCCAUUGUGGUAAGGUAUUUUAGUUUACCAUCCAAGGUGCUUUUCAUCAAGUGCAAGCUUCGCCAAUUUUCGGCAACACUUUAAAAUGUCCCAUUCAAUAUAAACUGUAAUCAAUUCCAUUAAUACAUAACGUACCAACUUUAUGGAUUAAUGGAAGCUUUCAGGAAUUUGCAAAAUUGCUAAAAUUUCGCCUAUAAUCAUUAGAUUAUAGGCUGGAAAAUAUUUCACUCCAUUGUUUUUAUUUUACCGAACAUUAUAAUGUUAGUCAAGGAUGUCAUCAAUUUUAUUAGAAAAUUGUUAUCGAAGCGGAAAAAUUUCAUCUGAAUAUUUUUAUAAUGAAACGUGAUAGAAACAAGUUGUCAAGUUAAAAAAUAUGAUUUCAAGGACUAUUCAUUUUUAUCUAGAAGGAAAAACAAAUUUUUUUUAAAUUAAAAAUUAAAAGCACAAAAAUUGAAAAACAGAUUUUUCUAAAUGUUUAAAUUUUUCUCGAAAGAAAAAACAGAACUGUUUUGAAAAUUGUAGUAAAAAUACAAAACUUUCGAAAUUGAUUUUUCCAAAUGUUCAAAUUUUUCUCGAAAGAAAAAAGAAAAACUGUUUUUGAAAAUUGUAUUGUAAGAAUCAUAUUUUUCUCCUGAGAUCCGCUUCUUUCUUCAGGAAAUUUUUCUCAAAAAAAAAGUCUUGAAAAUUCCAAUAAAAGAAUUUUAUUUUUCUGCUGAGAUCCGCUUUCUGUUUUUAUGUAAUAAUAAUAAUAAAUAAUUAACAUUUAAUAGAUAAUAAAAAAAAAAAAAAAAAUUGUGAAGAAUCUCUGACGAUGACGUGAAUAUGUGGGCGGCUCAGGGACAAUUUAACGGUUCAUAUAACGCAUCCUUUAAGGUGAAAAGAAAAUUUAAAAAAAUAAUAAUCAAGUGCGGCUAAUUGGGAAAACCGAUAUCGAAUUACUCAACUUUGAAAGUUGAAGGUUAAUCAAGGUUCAAGUCAAUCAACGUGGUUUCGUGGGGGCGCGGCAUUGUCUGGCCGACCUUGCCGCAGGGUAAAAUUUCUCGCCUCAGGCGACACUUUAGGGCCAUCAGUUAUAAGUAUAUACAAAAAAAAUAGACUUUCCUAUUAUAUUCCGCUCGUAUAUUUAAUUAUAAACAAUGAUCGUUGUACACUGAGCAAAAAGUUGUCGGAUAUUAUUUUCUAUUUUCUCUCUCAA